AUGACAAACAGUGAGGGAAGUCGCGCUUCACAGAGGAGAAUGGUUGAGGGUGAAUCAAGCAAUGCAAGGGAAAGAAGGCUUAAAUGCAAGCCGAUUUGGAGGAAUGACUCAAAGAUGGAAGAGUCUGAUGCAGAGGAGUAUGUCUACUCUGAGGAAGAGUCUGAGAGAGAGAUUGAGGGAGGAAGGAGAACCAAGAAGAGGAAUGACCCCAUUAGUAGUGAGAGUGAGCAAGGGGAGUUUGAGAUUGGAGUGAACCUUGUUCAAGAGGAGGGAAUGGCUCUCCAAGUGAAGAAGGAAGUGAUGAGACUGAGAGUGAAGAGGAAGGAGAAGAGGUGA